CUCAUAUUCAGAAUUAUUCAAUUAUACUAUGACACAGUAGAACGAAGAUGCAUCAAGCGAUGGUCCUAGUUGACCCCGAACUACGGGCAAGCAUCCGGUGCUUGAUGUUCAGACAAAAGCUUCGUAUUGAAUUGAUUACCUGACCGCUGUAUAUGAACUUAGAUUAGGCUGUCCUGCGAUAGCUUCAUAUCUUUUCAAUAGAUGUAUUAUAUAGUACACCACCUAGCCAGAAGGCACCUUGGAUCUAGCUUUCCGACACAGGACUGGUUUCUCUUCUACCAACACUCGCCCCCUUUCCACCGUCAUGGCCUGGACCCAGUCAACCGUCCUAAAGCUUCUCGUCAUCUUCCGUACCUUGUCAUAUAUCUCGGAGCAAACCCUCCCUUCUAUACCAUUAACGUUUACCGGCCGUUUCCACAGCGACCGCGCCUGCUCCGCCGGAACCCUCAACUUUACGGCAAUUCGACGGAUCUAUUCUUCGACGCAUUCCAAGAAGCCGUCGGUCCGACCACAUAUCGUGGAGACCGAACCACGCUGUGCCAAGUCUACCUUCAGGUGAAAUAUGAUCUGUUGGAUCAAUGGUCGCCGGCCACGAUGACGUUUCGUGGACGUAGUUGGUUGGACAGCGCGGUUGCGAAUUUGAGCCCGACGUAUUUGUUCGCUAGUGGUGGAAACCAGGUGCAGAUUCUUUCGCGGUUCAGUGGACUCCGACGAAUCGUUUCUAACGAGCUUGAAAAGAUGGCAAUUUUCCGGACAUUGAUCAGCGGCAAGGAGCUUGACGAUGCUGGUAGGUUUAACGCGACCGCUUCAAAUAAAGGUGCUACUCUUUGAUCUGAAUGCGGCCGAGGUGAUGACAUCGUCAUGGGUACCUAUCGUAUCUCUUUCCCGUUUGAUGCGAGCGGGAAUUCCAGCGGAGAGGUCACACUGGAGAAUGUUCGGCUUAGUAGCCCAGACGUUGAAGAUGUUAUUUGCCGUAAAUGUAUCGCAUCCUUGAAUUUUAUCUUGCUGUUGAGGACGUGAGGGUGCCAUGUAAAGCGAUAGCAAAA